GAUCUCACAGAUCAAACAAACAUCGAAGGGCAAGGCGAAGAAAAUUUACGCAACACAGACAGCUGAAAGUUCAAAGAUCUGAGCAGUAUAAAGAUCACGUUGAAAUUCCGUUGACAUCUGAUGUAACGGUAAAGGUGAAGGCAGACAAUGUACAUAGCAUCUGGAUGUGCCCGAAAGAAGACGCCAUUACCACAAAGAAGCGCCUACCGGUCUGCUCUACAAUGACUGGAGUUAAGAAGAUAAACAAGACAUGGUUUGACUGCCCCCUAUGCCCAGUAAAGUGUUCUAGAGAAGAUUUCCUACUGGACCAUUUCUGUCGACGCCAUGUACCUGGAGGGACCAAAUACAAGAAGAACACUGACAAUUCUUUCUGUCAUCGGAAAUCAACGAAGAGCAGCAGAAGUCAGCCAAACUCGAAGAGCACCAUUUCAACAUCCAGCCUGAACCCUGUAGAAAAAACUUCACCUCCUCAUCAAGAUGAAUUGGAUAUCGCAGAUCACGCCGAUUUCUCCAAAUUAAAAUUACUUUUAUCAUUUGAUGUUGAGCAAAAUCCUGGACCUGAAUAUUGCCUCAACAGAGAGAGUGGGUUUGAGGCAGACUUUCCACAGCGUCUUCAUCCAAUCUACUCGUGCCGGCAUGUGCAGCUACUUAAUCUGAAGGCUUGGAGGGAAUUGUAG